UUACAGUACCUCUUUUUUCAUUUCCAUAGUCACUUUGUGAGAUAGAUAUUACUCCGUUUUGGAGAUUAGGAAACCAACUGGGACAGCUGUCAUGUCCUGGAGAGAAACGCCUGGUCUCGCGUCACAGGAGAGAAGAGGCCAUAGGCCCCGCGCGCUUGCGUCCAGAAAGCGCGGAAGGCGGGAGAGAAUCCGACCAAUCGGAGAACAGGCUGAGGGAUGGCCCCGCCUCUGACUGCCGAACUCCGCCUCUUUUUCUACCGCCCUUUGGGAGUAGGAGUGUGCGGCUGACGCGUCCCGCCCCUGCCUCUGAGUGACAGGACCGUGGACAGCAACAUUUCCAACUGGACACGAAGUUUGUCGGCCCUUGCCUUGGCUGAGCUGAGUAAGAAAAAGCAACCAAGGGUAUUAUUUUUGAUACCUGGGAUUGAACUUCCUAGGGAUGCGAGCACAGCACACAUCCAGACAUCUGUAAAGACCUUGCCUUUGGAAACCUCUUACCCCUUGGCAGCCCUCCAGAGUUCAGACUUGGCAGCAUCAAGGACACAACGCAAGAAACCUUCUGGACAAUAAAUAUUUUUGAGUACUGAUUCUGCAUAUAUAGUGGAAGCAUCAGGCAUUUUGGAAAUCAAAGAUGGGUAGAAAAGAUGCCUCUGCUGUAAAGCUUCCUGUUGAUCAGUACAGAAAACAAAUUGGUAAACAGGAUUAUAAAAAAACCAAACCUAUUUUACGAGCAACCAAAUUAAAAGCAGAAGCAAAGAAAACAGCAAUAGGCAUAAAGGAAGUUGGCCUGGUUCUUGCAGCGAUACUGGCUCUCCUGCUGGCUUUCUACGCUUUCUUUUAUCUCAGACUGUCCCUGGAUGUGGACCCUGAUCUGGAACCAGAUGAAGAUUAGCAGUGCAGCAAGCAACACAGAAAAAGAGAAAUAAUUUUAUAAAAGCACCUCUUGGGACCAAUACUUUCUGAAGUACUGAAAGUACAGCAUCUUGAAUUCUUUCUGCUGGUACUUCAGCUGGCAGAAAUAUCUUUUUAAAUAAUUGCAUAGGAUAUCAAGAAAAGAGCCUUACCCAGCGGUGUAGUAAAAUGUAUGCUACUGGAUGUCUUUAUAAAUCUUUCAACUUUGACAGGCACCCUAUACGUGGUGCGUUUAGAUAAAACGGAAAACAGAUUCUAAAUUCUUCAGAGUCUUAGCAAUUCCUAUGUAGAACUCCAUCCAUGACAGAUUAGUAAAUCUAUUUUCCUUUCUGUGUGCAUGGUAAGUAAAAGUAUGUGUCCUCAUUUACAGAAAUCAACUCAGAUCACAUUCAGAGCCUAAGAAGGAACAAAAGUCAUGGGAAAAUUUUCAUUUUACAAAGAAGCCCUGCUUUUUCUCCAGACGUAUUUUAUAUCAUUAGAGAGACUAUCUGCACAUACAUCUAUAGUAAUCUUUCUCCUUCUUUGCCAACUGUUCAGUGCACAUGUGCUCCGUCAGAAAUGGCACCUGGAUGACAGAAGCUCAAAGAGUCACAUAUGUCUCUAAAAUAGAAUUCCUUUCCUCUUGGGCUUUCUGAAGUGGUGUAAAUAGAAAGUUCAGUUGAUCUUGAUUUUAAUUAACUUAUUACUCUAUUAAUAUAAACUUUGGAAUUCUAUUUUAAUUAUGUUGGUCUGGCUGCUUGCAGUAUUAGUUUGCCCCUCUUGUUUGGGAGAUAUGUAACAAUCUGUCUUUUAAUUGUGCAGCCUUUUCAUACAAUCGUAAUAGCAGAAGUUCCACCUACCCAGAAUCAUUUUUCUUAAGUUAUUUCUUAAAUCAGAACAAUACCAAGUUGUUUUUAAAAUUUACCUUUGCCCCUUGAGAUUUCAUCAAUUAAACUCUUCAGUGGAAAUUAAAUAGUGGAAGAAAAAUAUAUGACUCCUGUUAUUCUCAUGUGUACUUUUCUGUUUCUAUACUUUCAUCAAGGUGUGUGGGUUUAUUAGAGCAUAAUGACCAAGAUACUCAAUAUUUUUUACUGGUAGUAGUUUUUUUUUUUACUUUAUUUUUAAAACACGUAAAGCUUAGAAGAUGGGGAAACGUGUCCACAGUACAGUUGCCAGCUACUAUAGUAUAUAAAAGUACCUAGAAAAUUAACAUGUGCACAGAGUGUUUUGUUGUAUAUGCGUUGUAUUUAUGAAGAAUAAAGAAAACAUUAAGAUUGUUUCCAUACUGGCCAAGAGAAGAAAGCUUCGAAAAAUACCCUCGAGGGCUUUAUAAGCACAGUUUCUAAAAAAGGUAUUCUUUGGUACUUUUGAAGAUAGUUGAAUAUGACUGUGUAGCAUUAUUUUCUGUAGAACUUUUUCAUGUAACAUGAUUUAUUUCAUCAGCGUAAAAACAGCCACAGGUUCCAGUAUCCGCACAGGUCAUUUAUGCCAAACAACUGAGGACAAAAUUCAGCCAGUGUUAUCUGUUGAAUACUUCAGUUUCAAAUCACAAACUCAGGAGACAGUCCAAGAGUUCCUGAACACUCACCACAGCUGACCAAUCCAAGUGGCAUUUUUAGGAAAGGUUGCAGCAUUUAGUGCCAUGUGGUGUGUCUGUUCAUGAAGUGGGAGGCAAGGGGAUAUCCAAGCUGGCAUUUUGGAUACGAUGGGCCUUUUCCUUUCCUGAGUGACAUGCCACAUGUCAAGAAAUACUGCUUUCCCCUACUCCCAUCACAUUUACGUGAACAAUUUUCAUUUAGCUAUUUCCCCUCCCAUAUGGUGUUAAAAACAGUCAUUUUAAAUGAAGCUCAUUUCUUGUUUUUAGUGGUAAUUUAAAUGAGAGGAUAUGUAAUAAUUGUUGAGUAGCCAUCUAGGCAAUUGAAAUAUGACAUGGUUUCAGGUAUUUAAAAUGAAUGACUAUACUCUUGGAAAUGCUUGAAAAUCUAUCAUCCUGAAAAAUCUUUAUCAUCCGGUUUUACUCUUGAGAUGUUCUUUUGGGAAAAAAAAAAUAUUGUUUCUGAUCUAAUAAAUAAUAGUCUAAAUACAGUAUUAUUAUAGACAAGUUUCCUUGCCCAGUUCUAUUGCUAUUUUGAGUCAAUGCCCAUUUGUAUGACUUUAAUGACCCCCAAAACCAAAAAAAAUAACCUGUUGCCAUGGAGUUGGCUCCGAUUGGUGACCCCAGAGAACCAUAAAUCCCAGAAGCUAAACUCUUUGAAUUUAACAAACAGCAGGUAAAGUGGGACAAUAUAUGCUUACACAACACUGUUUUUGUGAAAUGCAAAUUUUGUGAACUCACAUUAACUGGAAAGCAGCCAGACCUCUGUAGAGGAAUCCCAGACUGAAAGUCUGAUUUGAAUCUUUGAAGACAGAGAAGCGAUAUCCGGCCUGCUCUUUCAGCGGAUGGACCACACUCUUGAACCACAAGUGGUGUUUGGCAUAAAUCUGAGACUGGCAACAGACACAAAUUUUAGGCGUGGGUUUCCCCUUUCCCCCAAUAAUUCAUUGUUCACAGUAGUUCAGAUGACAAAAACAGAAAAAUUAUAAUGGCUUUACAGAACGUUAGAAUCUAUUUGUUAACAUAUUCUACGGAAUAGGGUUCAACUAAUGCACCAGAUGUAAAAUAUAGCUUAUUGAAUACCAUGAAUGAAGCUUAAAGGGCUGCUGGUUCUUAUUUUACAUGUAUAUGUAGGUGGAGGUAAAGAAUAUAUAAAUUCCUUUGAUGAGAGGACAUACUUUAAAUAUAUUACUUCAUAUAGAAUUUCAUGGCGGGGGGGGAACACCCUGCCUAUUUUGUAUCAGAAUAGGGUUUGUUGUUGCUUAAAGGUGGCAAAUACUUCAAGAUUUUCUAUCUUAGCAAUUUUUUAUAUAGACAGAAAGAAUGCUCCCACCCCCACCAAUGAUUGUAAGAUCCUGAGAGUAUGUUCUUGUUAAUUUCUGUAUUUCUAAUGCUGUCGUAAUCUGCACAUACUUAGUAAGUGCAUGUUAAGGUUUAAAUUAAAUUUUUCCUCAGUCCUCUGAGUCUGGCACAGUGUUUUUGCUUGUCGUAGAUGCUCAAAAAUUGGUUGAAAUUCAUAAAUAAAAUUUUAAAAUCACAGUAUUGACCAACUCUUAGCCUUUAGCGUUUAUGGUUGUGGUUAUUGGUUGUAUUGGAAUGUGUAUAUGUCCCAUCCUGGUGCUCUUUCAAGUCAAGAGAACUAGAAUUAAGAUUGCUGUAGAACAUAGAUAUUGCUCCUUUCUAGGAAAUUAAAUGUGCCCUUUUUUUCUUAGCAUUCUAAUAAGCCACACUCAACAUUUUAAAUUCAUUUUAGCAUAUGUCGUUACUCCAAAUGAAAACAAAACUAAAUUUUUAUUAUAAUGUUUAUGUGAAUACUAAAGCACUAUAUUUCCAGUUUCCAAAAUUAUAUAGUAAAUAAUACUUGAGUAGAGUGAAUUGUGCUUUAGAUAAGCAUCAGAAAUAAACUUCUAGAAAUUAAACUUAUAAAAUUUUAAUGUAUUUUAUCCAUAACUUGAGGUUGUUGAGCCAGAAACCAUCUAGAAUAAUUUUAUAUUCUUUCCUUUCCAACAAUUAUGCGUCUUUCCACUUGCCUGAGGCUUCUCUGGGGAGAUUCUUACCACUUCUCCCUUAGCAGCACUGCCCUCUUUUAUUAGAAUUACUCCAAUGCGGCAUGGUUGAAACGAUGUUUGCUAGAUAUUGUUCCAUUGGCAACAUACCUAGAAUAAGUGCAACCCACAGUAAAAACUGUAGUAGAUGAAUUCAGUACCUACAGAAACAAUUUUAAUAUUUUGUCUAGGUUUUAGCUCUACAGGCAAGUAUAGAGGGAGCUGAGAGAGCCACGUAAAGAACUAUACCAGUGUGAAAAUAUCCAUAAUGGGUCAGUAAAUUUAUUUAAAACAAUUGAACUGCGACAGUAUUCAGCAUAGUGCCUUCUCAUUAUACCAUUUUUUUAGCCCUAGCAACAGACAUGAGAUCCUUAUUUCAAGCAAAAUAAGAUACUUUACAUGCCAGAAGAUUUUUUGAUGACAGUACCCCCUCCUAUUCUUCAUUUUUUAAAACAACAACCAAAUUGGUGGGGAGGCAGCCAAAAUUUGAGGUACCAAUGCCUCUCGAACAGAUGUCGCACCAUUAUUUUUUAGCUCGUUUAGAUGAAUAAACAUGUUAAACUGUGAAGUAUUACAUUUUAGAUUUUUUCAUUAAAAAAAGAGACAAUCUGUUUACUGUCCUAAUUGAGACAACAAUCCUUGUGGUUGCCAGUUUUGGCAGUCAUAACAAUGAACUAUAAAUAUUUGGACCAAUCAAGUAAAUGGUGACUAUAAAGGCUAUAGCAUGUGUAAAGUUCUGUUUUCACGGGCACCCAUCUUGGUACGGCAUUUUUUUCCUAUUUCUUCAAAUAUAAUUGUUUGUGUGAAACUGAACUUCCAUGGUAAGUCUAAAAGAAAUUGAUUUCAAUAUCUAAUUUCUUUCUAGAUUUUCAUCCCUUUUGGUGUUCAGCUAUCCAUCUGCUUGUAACAAAUUGCUUCUGCAGUUGCUCUGUUGGAUGUGUCAAGGCAGGUCUUCACUGGAUUGCCUUUUCUGCACAUCUUAGGCUAAGAAAACUCAGUCUCCCACCCCCCAUUUUCAUAUUUAUAAAGUGAGAUUCAAAACAUUUUUAAAGUCUCUGAUAUUGCAGCAAUUAGUUUUUUAAAGGACGGUUUUAUAAAUAAACAACCAGAUACAUUUCCUGCACUAAUGGCCAAGAGAAGGAGGUCAUCAUCUCAGCCCCUAAUAGGAUGUUUUACAGGGAACAACAGAGCGGGAGGAGUUGAUAGAAUAAAGAGAAAUAAUUCAGACAUGAAAAAUUAUUGAUGAUACUAGUCCCUAAACAUUUGUGAUACAAAUAGGGUGUGCCCUUCUAGGCUUCUUAUUUGGGUGCUUUUGUUCCCUUCUCUUCACCUCUACCUUAUCUGCCUCAAUUCUAAGUUGUAGGCAAUCUCUAACAUUCUCGUUUGCAAUUUAUAUGAAUCUUAUUUAUACUUUAAGUCAUACUUAACUAUGUGCUUACUGUAUUAACUGCUUCUACCCUUUUUACUUAGGAUCAUCAUUGAUCUUUUCCACUUAUUCCCCCCAUCCCUACCACUGUAUCUUAAUUCUUGUCUGCUUUUUUUCUGAUAUAUCAUUAACCUCUUGUAUUACAAAACCGUAGGAAGAAUAGUAUAGUGAACCUCAAUCUGUCCAUCACCCAGGGUCAACAGUUAUUCAUGUUUUGCCACUUUUUAUAUAUUGCCCCCCAUUGUUUGUAACUGGGAUAUUUUAAAGCAAACCCUAGACAUGGUGAUAUUUUACCUGUAAAUAUCUCAGUGUACAAGGAUUUUGUUUACAUUACCAGGAAGCCAUUAUUGUAGUUAAUAAAAUCAAUAGUAAUUUCUUAAUAUCAUCUAGUAGCAGGUCCAUCUUAAAAUGUUCCUGAUUGUCUCCAAGAUGUCUAUUUAUAAUAGGUUUGGAAUCCAGAUCUGUACUGCAUUUGAUUGUAUGCCUCUUUAAUUUCUUUUACUGUAUAACAUACUUCUGUUUCAUGUCAAUGAUUUGUUGAAGAAGUGAGGAUAUUUGUCCUUUUGAAUGUCUGAUAUUCUAGAUUUGGCCUUUUUCAUUGUGUUAUUCAAUUUAUUCCUUUAUUUUUCUGAUAUUCUGUAAAUUGAGAGUUAGAUUUUAAACUGGAUUAGAUCUGAAUGUGUGUGUUUAAGGCAAGAGUAUCAUAGUACUUCAAAAGGUUUUCUGAUAUCUGGUUUUCUCUGUAUGGUGCUGCUAAAAUGUAUUAGUGGGUUCAGGUGCUAGUAGCCUGAUUCCAUCCAAAAUAAAGUUUUACAUACUAUUUUAUCUAAAGCAUCCAUUCAUAAUUGUUUCCUAGAUCCAUUAUUUCAUUGGGCAUUACUAAGUGAUGAUCUUCUAUCAUUUUUUAGCAUAUAUUAAUUGUAAUUCUUAAAAAGUUUUGUCUUCAUCAACCCUUUGGUUACUCUUAAAUACAAUUCAUAAAGGAAGGAUAAAUACUUGAAUCUUUCCCUUUAUUAAAUUUCAGAGUAAAGAGUUUGCCCUCUCGAAUGGUGAUCAAUGAAGAUUUGCUAUUGCUAUUCCUGUUGUGGCUUUUAUUAUCAUUAUGAACUAUAGAUUUUUAUAUAUUUGAUGUGCUUCAACUCAUUGUAAUUACUAUUCUUUUCCGUACUGAACCAGAAUUCCAUCAUCAUGCAUAAUAUUAGACAUAGCCUCAUACAAAUCAUGAAAAUUUUAUACUUUCACAUUUUUCUGAAAGUGAUAGCCAGUACAAUAAAAAACAAAACAAAAACCAUGAAUAAGAGUUAAAUAUAGAAAAGAAUGGAAAAUCUAAUACUAUUUGCAGAUUAUAUGAUUAGCUGAAAAAACUGAGUAAGAUUUAGGUAACAUGUUCCAUUAGAAAAUAAAUAUGAGGAUAUAUAUAAACAACUAUAUCAAUUUAUUGCAUAUUAUAAUAGAAAAAUACCUCUUUCACAAUUACAAACAAAAAUAUGGACUACCCAGGAAAAAAUUAGCAAAAAAUGUACAGCCUCAAUGGGAUUAAAAAAAAAAAAAAAAUUACAAGGUAACAUGAUAAAACUUCAACUAAAAAAGAGAUUAACUGUCUCCCUGGGUAGGAAGAUUCAAUAUUGUACAAAUAUAAAUUUUCAUCUAAUCUGGAAAACAGAAAAGAGGACCUUAAUCUGCCAGAUAUUAAAGCAUAUUAUAAAGCUGUAGUAAUUAAAAUAAUUUCAUAGUCAAGAAAAGUAGGUAAAACAAUAAGUAAAAGUGCAGUCUUCAGAAAUAUAUCCAAAUAUAAAUAUUCAUUUAACAUAUCAUAUACAUCACAAAGAUGAUGUUGUUAGGUGCUAUUGAGCUGGUUCCGAUUCAUAGUGACCCCGUGCACAACAGAAUGAAACUCUGCCCAGACCUGUGCCAUCCUCACAGUUUUUGCUAUGUUUGAGCCCAUUGUUGCAGCCACUGCAAUGAUCUAUCUCAUUAAGGGCCUUCCUCUUUUUCUUUUCCAAGCAUGAUGUCCCCCUCCAGGGGCUGGUCCCUCUUGAUAACAUGCUAUAAGUACGUGAGACAAAGUCUUGCCAUCCUCACAUCUAAGGAGCCUUCUGGCUGUACUUCUCUGAAGAUGGAUUUAUUUGUUUUUCUGGCAGUCCAAGGUAUAUUCAGUAUUCUUCGCCAACCCCAUAAUUUGAAGGCAUCAAUUCUUGUUCAUUGUCCAGCUUUUGCAUGCAUAUGAGGCAAUUGAAAAUACCAUGGCUUGGGUAAGGUGCAACUUAGUCCACAGAGAGAGAGUUGAUAAAUUAUUUAUUGAAUGUAUUGGAAAGACUGUCUGUUUAGAAAUUAAUAGAUAACUGUAUCUAUAAAUUAAAAGGCUUAAAAUUAAUUUCUGAUGGAAUUUAUGAUUUCUAUAUAAAAAAAAAUGAAACCAUGAAAAAGCAUUUGAAGAAAUUAUAGGUAGGAGUUUUUAGUAGGGAAAUUAUUUCCAAGUAUUGAUUCAUGAGUCAGAAAUCAUAAAAGAAAUACUGUGGGAUUAUAACACAUUGAAUUAAAAUCUAACAUGCAGCCCAGUACCCAGUGUUAAUUAAGGAUGUGAGAAAACAAUCUCUUUCAUAUACUACUUGGUAGAAUGAUAAAUCUCACAUGCCUUCUAGAAGGUAAUUUUGCAGCAUACUUUAAAAGAUUUAAAUUUGAUGUAUACUUUAGAAAUCUUUCCAAAGGUAACAAUGCCUGUAGUGAGCAAAAAUGUGGAAAGUAUGGUAACUAUAAAAAAAAACUAUAGCAGUGCUUAAAACAUCAAAAACAAAACAAACAAAAAACCCUGAAAUUAACAUAAAUGUCCAUCAUAGGAUUCUGUUUAAAUGAAUCAUGUUACAUCAUAAAAUUAUAAUGAUAGCUAGUUACACUUAAUAUCAUGGACAGAUGAAAAGGAAGUUAUAAAAAAUUGCAUGUGAUAAUUCUGUUUUGUUUAAAUACACAUAUCUGUAUGUGUUUGUAUAUGUGUAUGUCUGUAUGGAAGUGGUGGAAGACUGUUGAGCAAGAAAAAUGUUAUCUCUUGAAUAUUAUAAGUGAUUUUUAUUUUUUAUGUGGAGUGCAUCCUUCAGGAUCCAUUUUCAGGGAAGUCUAGAAGGAAAUUUUUUUUUGCUGAGCUGGAUCACGAGUCCAGAUGUCUGGCAGGUUUGUCUGUUUUUGUUUUUUUCCAUUAUGUUCUUCUAUGUUCAUUCAUUCAAUAACCAUUAAGCACCUAUUAGGUGCUAAUAUAUAGGGUCGCUAUGAGUCAGAAUCAGCUUGAUGGCAAUGGGUUGGUCUUUUUUGUUUAGGUGCUAAUAAGUCAUCUUGGGCAAUUCAUUUAUAUACAACAUAGGUACUAUAGAAAGAGCUCUGCUUUUUCACAGCGAGAAACUGAAGCAUCAAAAAGGAACUGAUAUUUGAAUUUAUGCAUUGUUCACUCAAAUAAUAAUAAUAAUAGUAAUGAACAUCUGCUAUGUGCCAGUCACUGUUCUUUGUACUUGCAACAAAUUAGUAACUAUAAACAAACAACAACAACAAAAUACUCCUGCUCUCAUGGUAUGUGGUCUUGAGAGAUGGUGACAGUUUCAUCAAGUAGAGAGGAUGACGAAAAGGUAUUCCAAGGAAGAAGUGAAAACCUACAAAAGAGCAUAGGGGCAUAUUAGUGCCUGGUGUGCAGCUGGUGUCUGGAAUAUGGAGUGUGUGUAGUGUAGUGGUAUGGGAAAAUUGUUUAGCUAAUGACCCUUAAUGCUCACUGGUACUUUCUUCCUCUGCUUAGAACCUUUUUUUUUUGUUUUCCUUGUUUAAUCUGGAAGAUCUCUAAAUAUCUAUCUUUGAAGACUCAUCGGUUCCCAGAUUUCCCUGGACUUUCCUCCUGAAGCCUCCAACCUCUCCCACCCCCAUCCUAAGUUAGAUGACUCUUCUCUGUGUCUUUCAUUCAACUUAUUCCACAGUGAUAUAAUUAUCCACUUAUGUGUCUGAUUCUCCCAUUGGACUGUGAGGUCCUUAAGAAAGAACUCAAGAUUUCAUUGCUUUAUCUCUAAUGCCAAGUACUGGUCCCUGCCCAGAGAAUAAACACAAUAAAUAUUUUUUAGUGAAAAAGUAUCACACUUCCUCAGAGCAGAGUUUCUUAAGGUUGGCAUUAUUGACACCUUGAGCCAGAUAAUUCUUCAUCAGGGUAUCCUGUGCAUUGUAGGAUGUUUAGUAGCAUCCCGGACCUCUAUCCACUAGAUGCCAGUAGCACCACCCGUUCUUCCCCAGAGUUGUGACAAUCAAAAAUGUCUCCAGACAUUGCCAAGUGCCCCCCGAAGUCAGAGUCUUCACCAUCCCCACCUUCGAGAACUCCUGCCUUGGAAUGAUGAAAAUUCCAGUUCCAAUGAUACAGACAUCGGGAGGGGCAGGAUGAGGAUUUUGAGUUACUUCAAGCCUUUUAUCAGAGGCAUUGUAAUUUUUUUAAGACCAAACACUCCUAAUCAUAUACUAAUUGUUGACUCAAAUCCUGUACUAACUAUGGUGCUUGGCAGGGGGUGGGAAAGUCACAUGUGGAAAGAUGCCUGAACUUGACCUACCUGGCUGUUCAAAUUCCUGGUGUUACUGUAACCUUGUUUUAUUUUUUUCUCAAAAGACUUUAAGAUGUUAAUUUUAUUCAAUAAAUAAGCUAGUAUUUUUUUCAAGGAAUUUUGACAUACUGUUAAGUACAAAACUAUUAAAGCUGAAAAGGACUUAAAAAAUAAUUAUGUUCCACUUGCUUUUAAAGUUUUUUUUUAAUUAAUGCAGCUGAAUAAACUUUUCGCAUAGGUCUUAGAAACAAAUACUUAAAUUCAAGAGAGCUUUUUGAAACUUUUAUGUAGAAACUAUUUUUCUUGGAUUCAGAGAUUGUGUAUGAUCUCUAGUUUGUGCGUAGAGUUUAGAAUAGUGAUAUAAUGAAUACCCAAGUACCCAGCACCUAGCUUAAGAAAAAGAACAAUAACUUUGAAGUCCUUAUCCAUCACAUUCCCCGUAAGUAAACUAUUUCAUUUUAGUAAUUAACCCUGUUUUGCUCUCUUUUAUAGUUUCCCAUCUUUCUGUGUAACUCUAAAGCAUGUAUUAUUUAGUUUUGCUUGUUUUUGAACAAUAUGUAGUUGGAAUUCUUACGUGAUGUGGUUUUAUCAUUCAAGUUUUUUUUUCUUAGAUUCAUUUAUGCAGAUAUUCAUUAAUUUCAUUGCUAUGCCACAAUAUAUAUACCCAUUCGAUGGACAUUUGAAUUAUAUUCAGUUUUUUAAUAAUAUAAACCAUGCUGUCAUGAACACUAUUGCUCCUACUUCCUGGCGAACAUGUGCAAGUAUUCCUAGAGGAAAAGUAUUGCUAGAUAAUCCAAAGUGAUUUCAAAAUUUGUGGCAGGAAUUUACACAAGUACUAGUUGAGGAUAGUGUUAUUUUUUCAGUUCUGUUAUGAAACUUUCCAAGUUAUUUCCUAGUUGGAUAAACCUUACCCAACCAAAGAAGUGCGCACAUGUACAGUAUUCCUUGAAUCCACAAACCUUUUAAAGUGCUUCUCUAUUGCCUUGACACUCAAAGAGGAGUUGGCUCAACAUAAAAUACUUGGCUUGCAAUUUCUUAUGAAUUAUUUAAAAAUACUGCCUUAGCCACACUGUUGCUUUGUUUUAUAUGUUACCCUGGAGAAGUUUGAUGCCAGCCCAAUUUUUUUGCCCUUUUGAUCUUAUUUCCUGUACACUCUGAAGAUUUUUGUCUUUAAAUUCUAAUCAUUUUACUAGAAUGUAUUUCAAAGUUUAUUAUGUUGGAGUUUUCGAGGCAAACAUGGGGGCCCUUUCGAUAUGUAAAAAGAUUUGUUUCUUACUUUUGAAAAGUUUUCUAAUAGUUUUACAUAUUAAUUUUAUUGCUUUAUUUAUUGUCUUUAGAGAUGUCAAUUAUAUGUAUGUUGAACCCUCUGCAUAGCUUCCAUUUCAACCCUUUUUUCACACUGUUUUGUUAUUUUAUUUUUAUUCUCGGUGUUUUUUCAAAGUUUCUUAUUAAAUUUUCAUAAGAAUCUUUUAUUCCUUGGCUACUUUAUUCACUGUAAUCUAGUCUUCAUUUCUGAGAUGGACUUGUCUUUUUCUUCAGUUUCUUUUCUUAUAUCAAACAACUCUUAUUGUAUUGUUUCCUUUUUUCCACUUAUGCCCUUAGUUUUAAAAUUUCUGCUUCUAGCUUAUAUCUGUAUCUUCAUCUACAUGUAUUUGCAUAUCUGUAUAUGUAUAUCUAACCUCUGAAUGCUUGUUUAAGGAUCUUUUAAUUCUGUUUGGAGUAUGGUGUUUCAGUAUUCUGUUUUUUGUUUCUUUUUUGGUAGGGAACAUUUUUAUCACCUAAAAUAUUGAUACAGGCAUACCUCGUUUUAUUGUGCCUCACUUAAUUAUGUUUUGCAGAUACUGUGUUUUUUUUACUAAUUGAAGGUUUGUGGUGGCCCUGUGUCGAGCACAUCUAUCAGUGCCGUUCUCCCAAAAGCAUGUGCUCACUUCCUGUCUCUGUGUCACAUUUUGGUAAUUCUGAAAAUAUUUUAAACUUUUUCAUUAUUACUAUAUCUGUUAUGGUGAUCUCUGAUCAGUGAUUGUCUUAGUCAUCUAGUGCCCUUGUAACAGAAAUGCCGCAAGUGGAUGACUUUAACGAACAGAAGUUUAUUAUCUCACAGUCUGGUAGGUUAGCAGUCCAAAUUCAGGGUGUCAACUCCAGGGGAAGGCUUUCUCUCUUGGGUCUGGAGGAGGGUCCUUGCCAUCAAUCUUUCCCUGGACUAGAAGCUUCUCUGCACAGAAACCCUGGGUCCAAAGGAUGUGCUUUGCUCCCAGCACUGCUUUCUUGGUGAUAUGAGGUGCCCCUGUCUCUCUGCUCACUUCUGUCUUUUAUAUCUCAAAAGAGAUUGGCUUAAAACAAUCUAAUCUUGUAGACUGAGUUUACAUAACUGCCUAAUCCCAUCCACGUCAUAGAGAUAGGACUUACAACACAUAGAGAAACUUCACCAGAUGACAAAACGGUGGACAAGCAUACAUUACCGGGAAUCAUGACCUAGCCAAGUUGACAGAUAUUUUGGGGCGGGGGGAGUACAGUUCAAUCCAUGGCAGUGAUCUUUGAUGUUACUAUUGUAAUUGUUUUGGUGCUCCACAAACCACGCCCAUAUGACACGGUGAGCUUAAUAAAUAUUGUGUGUGUCCUAAAUGCUCUACCAAUCAGCCAUUCACCUGUCUCUUUCCCUCCCCCCGGGCCUUCCUAUUCCUCAAGACACCACAAUAUUGAAAUUAGGCCAAUUUAU